AUGGGUGCACCACAUUCGCCUGGUUGUUUGUUGGAUGCUAUGCAACGACUUUGUAAUGAGGCUCGCAGUGACUUUUUGGGUCUCUAUCUGCAUCUGAUAAAGAACGGCAAUGUUCCAGUGUGUUUCUGCUUCUAUAUGGACGAUUUAGUCGUGAGAGCAGAUUCUGAAAAGCUUCUUAAUUUGGCUGUCAGGUGUCUACUUCGUGUCUGUGAUCGGCACGGCUUCAACUGUAGUGAGAAGAAGAGGCAGAUAGGACCUCCUUGUGGUGAAGAUUCUGCUCAAGUACUGGGUCUUCUAUGGAAUAAGAAUGACGAGAUAUUUAUUGUACCACCCGAUGUCUCGUCACUACCACCACCAUUGUCCACUCCUUCUGAUGACUCUUCGUGUGUCGUGACUAUCCGUGAUUUGAUGGGCUAUGUUGCCCGUAUAUACAACCCAUUGGGGUUCGUGGGUCAUCUUCUUUUGGCUAUGAGACUUAUCAUUCGUGAUGAAUCCGAACGGACCACCGACGGUGACUUGGAUGCCUUUGUAAAAAGGUCUUCAUAUGAAUCUAUUAUGAGAAGCACGGAUGAGUUGAGACGAUUUUCUGGUAUUCCAAGGGCUUUAGGUAUCCGUCAGGAUCCCGUGAUCUGUGCGUUCUUGGAUUCGUCAGCAUAUGGAAUAGGAGUGGUUAUUACCGAUGCUAACCUGAACAUCAUCCGUUGUUAUACUAAGCUCAUUGGUGGUCAGCGAAGGUCAUGGACGAUAGUGAGGAAGGAGUUGUUGGCUGUUCAAGAAGCAGUUGCCUUCUACAUAGAAACUCGACGAGCUCUUCUAGCGGUGGAUGGAACUAUGAAGUUGGAGGUUCAGUUCUUCACGGACAACUCCGCCAACUUUUUUCGACUCCGUAAAGCCCAACAAUAUGUUCAUGAUGAGAACGAUGACUCCAAGGAUAUCAUAUGGCCACCAAAAUCACUUGAUAUACCACAGUGGGAGUCGAAGGUUCUCCUUGGUAUUGCUAAGAACUUGGCUUUGUUAAAUGGCACUAUAUACCAUUUGAGUGGACGUCAUAAUCCAGCCGACGCCUUCUCUCGUGGUACACCUUUGACUACCCUCCCUCACGAAGAUGCUGGCCUGAAACUUGCGGUAGAAGUUUCUCGCCGCCGGGAAGGCUUACCGUAUGACGUGGACACAGAGCAUGUGGACACUAUUGGAAGUGAUCAAGUAAGGGAAGUGGUAGAUUUCUGUACGAUUGAGCUCUCCGAUAAUGAGACCCCAAUCAGUUUACGAGAGGCUAUUAUUUCUAUGCAAUAUGAGGAUUCUUCUCUCGGUAAACUAUUAGAUUCUGAUAAGUACGGCCAUCCCAGAGCCGAGAUUACUUCGUAA